GCAGAACUGUAUGAAAGCCCGAACCAAAACCAAGCGCUCCGUGUUUUCUAUAGUUAUGCAAAACUUCCCGGUUUUAGUGAAAAGCUUAAUAUGAAAAGGAAUGGAGAGCUCGAAGAGACUCUUUUGCCGGUUAUUCCCCAAACAGGAAGAUAUCAUUUAGCAAUUGAGGGCACAAUCUUUCAGCUCAUUCGACAAAAUGACCAAAAAUUAUUGAACCAAAUCAUACACAAAGGGACCAUAUUCUCUAGAAUGUCACCCGACCUCAAACUAAACCUGAUAGAAGUGUUUCAAAAACAGGGCCAUCAGGUGGGUAUGUGUGGCGACGGCGCUAAUGAUUGCGGAGCUCUGAGGACAGCAAACGCCGGCAUUUCAUUAUCAGUAGCGGAAGCGUCGGUGGCCUCGCCUUUCACUUAUAAAGAGAAAAAUAUUUCAUGUGUUCCGAUGCUUAUUAGCGAAGGCAGAGCUACUCUAUCGGCCACUAUCGGUGCCUUUAAAUAUCAGGUGUGCUAUUGUUUUGUAUUACUCGGAGCCGUUCUCAUCCUCUUCUGGGAGGGAAACAAACCAUCAGAUGGUCAGUGA